GUGUUAUUGAGUGUUCUGACAUUCAGUUCACGCCAAUAUCUGAACAAAAUACCAGAGGAUUUUUUUCCCUCCCACUCAGUUUCUCUUAUUUUCUUUUCUCCAGAAUCACAUCUUGGAGCGACGGUUAAAGAUCAUUUUUUAUGUCUGCGACUUGAAGCCACAGUGGACGAGGCAUUGUGCUCACACUCUUCAGUCCGGUCGUCACCACGACUCGGCUGCUCACCGCGUCCGUGUUGACCAUAGAAGACCAAACGUGGACGGAAACUGUUGACGCAGGAAGGAAGGCGUCGAAGUCAAACUUCCUGACAAGUCAGAAAUUUAUCGGAACGUCCGACGGCUCGCUCCCCCUGAACACUGCACGGCAAACUCUAAAGACGGAAGGUCCUCCCUGGUACAUACGAUAAAACUCUGCACAGAAGCUCCACCUCUCUGUAGUGAAAACUUUGUCUUUAUAAGUGAAUACGAGUUCAACUGAAAAGAGCCACCGUCCUCACAGAUAGAAUGAAAGCUCUUCCUUAUGAACGUACACUUGCGUGGAUUGAAGCACGCAUGUGAAAGCUCGUGCAGAUUAUUGAAAGACGGUUUGUCUGCCCAAUAAAACAUCCCAAGUAUCCGUUUGAUUCUGCAAAGCUAUUUCCUGGUUCGUCCUCUGACUCACUGUCCACACAGUGCAAAGGGCGCUCACCACAGACGAUUCACACGAUUCAAACUCCCGUUUGUGGUUCUGACUUCACGUCCAGGGGUUUCGGUCACUUGGGAUAAAACUCUGCAAAUUGCUUGACGCUCACCGGGUCCGUCGACUUGUUGGACUCUCGGCAGUGAAAUCGGGACUCAUGGUCACAUGACUGUCAGCGCUGCAGGCCAGAUGCCGGCGAUGGAGGAACUUGUCAGUGAGAGCGACAGCAUGCCAAAGCGGCUGGCCCUGAUCUGCUUCCUGUCUCUGGUCAUGCUGAUGAGCAUCCUGGGAAACCUGCUGGUCAUGGUGGCCGUCUGCAAGGACAGACAACUCAGGAAAAUCAAGACCAACUACUUCAUCGUGUCGCUGGCGUUCGCCGACCUGCUGGUGUCGGUGCUGGUGAUGCCGUUCGGCGCCAUCGAGCUGGUCCACCAGCACUGGAUCUACGGCGAGACCUUCUGCCUGGUGCGGACGUCGCUGGACGUCCUGCUCACCACGGCGUCCAUCCUGCACCUGUGCUGCAUCGCCCUGGACAGGUACUACGCCAUCUGCUGCCAGCCGCUGGUCUACCGCAACAAGAUGACGCCGAUGCGAGUGGCUCUGAUGAUCGGCGGCUGCUGGGUCAUUCCCACCUUCAUCUCCUUCCUGCCCAUCAUGCAGGGCUGGAACAGCAUCGGCAUCGACCACCUGAUCGAGCAGAGGCGCCACAGCGACGGCGGCAACUCCACGUCGUGCGUCUUCAUGGUCAACAAGCCGUACGCCCUCACCUGCUCCGUGGUGGCCUUCUACAUCCCCCUGGUGCUCAUGGUGCUGGCCUACCAGAGGAUCUACAUCACGGCGCGCGCGCACGCCCUGCAGAUCAGCAUGCUGCAGCGGGCGGGCGUGGCGGCCUCCUCGGACUCCGCCGACCACCAGCGCAACCACCGCAUGCGCACGGAGACCAAGGCGGCCAAGACGCUGUGCAUCAUCAUGGGCUGCUUCUGCCUGUGCUGGGCGCCGUUCUUCGUCACCAACGUGGUGGACCCCUUCAUAGACUACACCGUGCCGGACAAGCUGUGGGCGGCGUGCCUGUGGCUGGGCUACAUCAACUCCAUGCUCAACCCCAUCCUCUACGCCUUCCUCAACAAGUCCUUCCGCCGUGCCUUCCUCAUCAUCCUGUGCUGCGGGAGGAAGCGGUACCGCCGGCCGUCCAUCCUGGGCCCCGGCGCCCCCUGCACCGCCACGCAGAUCAACGGGUCCACGCAGGUGCUCAAUGGCUGCUCCUCUGCCUCCAAGCUCCUGCUCUGGUUCUGCAACACCAGGCCAGUGCCUGUCUAGCUGCUGUAUGUCUAGGGCGUCUCAAGGCUCCAUCAAGUAUUCCGUGCUCCACAACGGGAGCCACGCGGAGCAGGAGAAGAAGUGUCCGCACACCGAGUCCUGCUUGUGACCGUCGACGACUCCUCGCCCCCCCCCCCCCCCCCCCCCUCGCCCUUCCUCACAUCCGGAGCUGAAGCCCGAGAAACAAGACGCUGGAAUCUGGAAUCUGGAAUCUGGCAAAGCUCCGGAGCCGUCGCAGCGUUUUGGGGAUCGAGGAGGAGGAAUCGCCACGUGGGGGGGUGCAUACCAUUUUUAAAAUGGUAUGCUUGGAACAGAACUGGUUCUCUCUCUCUCUGUUCAAGAACAGGACUGCGAUCCGGCCGGUCGCUCCCCGUAAAGCUCCAGCUCGUCUCGACGGAGAACCGCCGGCUUUCUGAGGGAGAAGUUCACAGCACGAGAUGCGAUGAAUGACUCUGUGUCGGGCGGGGAAGUGAAUCACGUUGCCAAAGCUAUUUGAUAUUACACAAAGUGGACCUAUGUCUGACAAUUGUACCUGAGGCUCCCCUCCCCUUCCCUUCCCUUCCCUUCCCUCCCCUCCCCUCCCCUCCCC